AGGCUGGGGACCGCGGGCGCUCAGCGGCGGGGCUGGUGGGUGGGGCGGCAGCCGGGCACCCGGCCCUCCUCCUCCUCCUCCUCCUUCUCCUCCACGGUCCUCCGGCCUCCGACCCUCCUCCUCCACGGUCCUCCGGACGGGCAGGCAGCGCGGUGCUGGACCUCCCCGUCCGCGUGGGCAGCGGAGAGCUGGCACCCCGCGGGUGGGGCGCAGCUGACUGCUAGCGCGUCUCCGCGCCCCGGGCCCCAGCGCCGGGAUGGUGGCGGGCAUCCGCCUCCUGCUACGCGCCCUGCCGCUCCUGCUGUGCUGCUGCCUGGAUGCCCAGUCCGCCCAGCGCCAGGACCCGGAGCUGAGCCUGGAGGCGGAGGCAUUCCUGGAGAAGUAUGGAUACCUUGAUGAGCAGGCUUCCAAAGCUCCCGCUUCCACUCGGUUCAGCAAUGCCAUCAGAGAGUUCCAGUGGGUGUCCCAACUGCCUAUCAGUGGCGUGUUGGACCAGGCCACACUGCGUCAGAUGACACGUCCCCGCUGUGGGGUGGCAGAUACUGACAGCCAUGCAACUUGGGCAGAGAGAACCGGUGCCCUGUUUGCUAGACAGCAGGCCAAAAUGAGGCGUAAGAAACGCUUUGCAAAGCAAGGUAACAAGUGGUACAAGCAGCACCUCUCCUACCGCCUGGUGAACUGGCCUGAGCACCUGCCUGAGUCAGCUGUUCGAGGGGCCGUGCGUGCUGCCUUCCAGUUGUGGAGCAAUGUUUCAGGACUGGAGUUCUGGGAGGCCCCAGCCACAAGCCCUGCGGACAUCCGCCUCACCUUCUUCCAAGGAGACCACAAUGAUGGACUGGGCAAUGCCUUUGAUGGCCCAGGGGGCGCCCUGGCGCACGCUUUCCUGCCCCGCCGGGGCGAAGCGCAUUUCGACCUAGAGGAGCGUUGGUCCCUGAGCCGACGGCGUGGACGCAACCUGUUCGUGGUGCUGGCGCACGAGAUCGGCCACACCCUCGGCCUCACGCACUCGCCUGCUCCGAGAGCGCUCAUGGCGCCCUACUACAAGAGGCUGGGCCGCGACGCCUUGCUUAGCUGGGACGACGUGCUGGCGGUGCAGAGCCUGUAUGGGAAGCCCCUGGGACGAUCAGUGGCUGCUCAGCUCCCAGGAAAACUAUUCACUGACUUUGAGGCCUGGAACCCCCACAACUCCCAGAGCAGACGCCCUGAAACCAAGGGUCCUAAAUACUGCCACUCUUCCUUUGAUGCCAUCACCAUGGAUGGGCAAUCGAGACUGUACAUCUUCAAAGGGAGCCAGUUCUGGGAGGUGACAGCUGAUGGCAAUGUUUCAGAGCCCCACCCAAUACAGAAAAGGUGGGCAGGGCUGCCCCCCAACAUUGAGGCUGCUGCAGUGUCACUGGAAGAUGGAGAUUUCUACUUCUUCAAAGGUAGUCGAUGUUGGAGGUUCUGGGGCAACAAGCCAGUGUGGGGGUUCUCACAGCUAUGCAGGGCAGGUGGCCUGCCAAGACACCCGGAUGCUGCUCUUUUCUUCCCCCCUCUGCGCCACCUUGUCCUCUUCAAAGGUGCCCGUUACUAUGUGCUGGCGCGAAGUGGGUUGCAAGUGGAACCCUACUACCCCCGAAGUCUUCGGGACUGGGCCGGCGUCCCUGAGGAGGUCAGUGGCGCCCUGCCAAGGCCGGAUGGCUCCAUCAUCUUCUUUAGAGAUGACCACUAUUGGCGCCUGGAUCAAACCAAACUUCGGGUGACCAGCUCGGGCCGCUGGGCCACCGAACUGCCCUGGAUGGGCUGUUGGUAUGCCAACUCAGGGGGUGCUCUGUUCUGAAGUCUCCCUAUCACAGAAUGAAGCGCCGAUGCCCCUGCCUGAGGCAGUGGAGCCUGUCUAGGAAUCCCCUGAACCUCCCUGCAGGAAUACCUGUGGAGUACAAACCCCUGCAGGAAAUGUUUGUAUAUGUUCCCUGGAGAACAUGGCACACAGGCUCUGUGCUGUUCUCACAACAUGGAAGUGAGGGCUAGGAUCACUCCAAGGAGAAGCACGGCCCUUUCUCCCAAGGACCUCUUCUUCCCAAGCCUUGGGGGCUCGCAGUUCUACUGAAGGUGCGUGCCCUCAGGUAGGCCAUAGUGCUGGGAUCUCAGGGAGGAUUCAGAACUCAACAGAGAGGCUGGGGGCUGUUUUGCAAGACUGUCCCAUCUCCGCAGGGCUUUUGGCUCAGUUCUUGGGAAAUCGUGUUUUAUUUCAUCAGAGGCUUCACCUGUCCUCCCCCAGGAAGUUUGGAUGAGGUGAAGGCCUAAGGGUCUCCAAUGCAGGGGCCUUUUGCCCUGUCAGGUUGAAGAGCAGAAGGAAGGCUGAUAUAGGCCUCCUGGACCUGGGGUAGUAAUAAAGAGGCACACCAGCUGGUCAGCCUAGAGGUGGCAGCAGCCUCCCUAGGACAGGUUCUCCACUCUUCACAGUGAAAGCACCCUGGGUGCUAGGGACACAGGGACUAUGUUCAUAUAUGCAACCCAGGGACAGCCAGCUGUGUAUGGUUGUCAUGGGGGAGAAGGGCACCUCUCUUCAAAAAGCAAAAUAUCCUCAUCCCCUUUGCCUCUCAGAUGGAGAGCCCUUGGGCAGUGGGGAGAUGGCAGAGGAUCUCUAGGGAUCUGCCUGAUGCUGGGGAUACAGCCUCCACAGUGCUUUGCAGGUUGGAUAGGCCUGGCUGCUCACAAUGGCCCCAUUCUCCAGGCCACACACACACAGCAGCAGCAGCAUUCCAUAACUCCAGCUGUCUGGCCAAGAAUAGCUGGGAUUCCUGGAGAAGGAACCAGCUCCCCAGCCUCCACCUUCUCCCUCAGCUGGUCUCAGUAUUAAUGUUAGCAUCUGGAUCUCUAGCCCUCCCUACCACCCACCUCAGUCUGCCAGUUCCUCUGCACAUAUAGUGACCAACAUGAGCCAGCUCCAAGGGAGGGGAAGAACGAUCUGGCAGGGGAGCGGCCCUCAGUUCCUCAGAGACAUUGCUGGCCCUUUGCCCUCCUUUCUUCUCUGUACAGUGGACAGAAUGGCCUUUGACUGUCUUUGGAUGCAAGUGCUUUGUGCUGCCCUAUCCUAAGAAGGCCGCCGAGGAGGCCUCGCUGCCCACCCCUUGCUCUCUAGCUUGUACCCAGGGGAGAAGAAGGAGGCUCCCAUCUUUGUGACUCCACCCCACCUCCUGGCACUGACUCUGAUUAGAGACUUUAUUGAGUGGUAAGAGAGAAAGGGGCAGCUUCUUAGCGAGCAAAAGAAACCUCGAGGCUAUUUUCUAUAGGAGUUGCCUCUGCUUGCCUGGUGGGAAAGACCUGAAAGAGAUGCAAGUGAGGCUGUGUCGAGGCAUGGGUCAGGAGUGCGGUAGGUGCUGGGUACUGUGUGGGGCGGAGCUCUGCAAGCACUCUGGGAGUAGUGCGACUCUAGUCUCUGUGGGUUGUGCUCGAACUUCCGCCACAGCUGGAACAGGGCAAUGUCUCACCGGAGGGAAGCUCUAAGGGUGAGAGGCUUUUGGAGCCAGGCAACCAUGCAGGACGCAAAGGCUGGGAGUGGGUACGCUCAGAGCCCCCCGGAGGCCUCCUCCUUACCCAGAUCAGGAUGCUCCAGGACACAGUGCUCCACGUAGGUCGGAUGGCUGUGCAGGCUCUUGCAUUUCUUGCAAAAAAGGAUCUCGCAACGCGCACAGCCUCCGCGGCGCGGUGGCCGCCGCCGCGUCUCCAACACGCACGGCUCCUCCGGGGCGCUCCGCUUCCUGCGGACGGGGGACCCGAGCGCUCAGGGUCCUGGUGACCCUCCUCCCUAGCAGCCCGCACCCGAUCGCGCGCCUCACCUGUCGGCGGGAGUCGCCAGGCCACCCAGCAGCGCAAACGGGCUGAGCCAGCCCCAGAAGCCGCUGUCCGCGCGCCGCAGCAGCGCCACCUGCUGGGUGCUGGACUCCUGGCGCAGCGGACUGUAGGACACCGAGCGCCCCGAGCGCUCCUCGCGGUCUGCUGCCUCCGUCCGGCUCUCGCUCUCUGCCACCGACCUCUCCUCUUCCUCCUCCUCCUCCUCUUCCUCCUUCUCCGACGCCUCCUUCGCUUCCUCCGACCCCUCCUCCUCGGCUCUGGGCUCCUCCACGUCCUUCCUCCACAAGGGGGUCUUCACGCCUGAGGGAGGGGAGGAGGUCAGUGCCCCGCUGCCCCGGCAGCUGCAGGUGCCUAAAGGGAUGCGCAGGACAGCCGCACAGAGUACUGCAGAUCCCCGCCAAAGGGCUGCUGCGGAUUGUCGGUACUCCAGCACUUCUCGUGCUAGGAAUUCCGAGCACGUCACCCCGCUUCCAUCAAGCUGCGUUUCCCUAGUCUCUAUGAAGUGAGGGAAAACAGUACCUACCUCAAGGGUGGUUGUGAGGCUGACUCCAGACAGCGUCUGUGUACAGUGCACAGGAGGGAGGAGGGCUAUCUGAUCUCUGUGUAGACCGUUAAUAAACAUCGAUUGCCAUUUCAA